UCUCUUCUAUUCUAUUUCUACGCCAAACGAAAUUUCGCCCCCCAAACUUUGCCUCUAUCUCCUCCCUUAAACUUCAUCCUCAAAAUCCCCAAAAUCGAAUAGACAAUUCGACGAAUCAGCCACCCAACGGACGCUGAGUCACGAACCACCGUACACCGUCGAGUUUCAAGCAACGAUAUAUCGCACGGCAGCAGGCUCUUAAAGCGCACUUUUCAAAGUGGAACCGGAACAGUAUACCAACCUUCAAGUAACAGCUGUCACCAAACAUCCACAAGAGCUGGUGGGGGGUUUAAGGUUUUUCUUGAAAACGUUGGCAAACGAGUAAAGAAGCCCUCUUGAGCCUGUUUGAUCAGAAUUCAGAGGGCGGAAAAUCAUGGGUAAUGAGGUGGUAGAGUGUGGAGAGUACUCUCUUUUGAAGGAUUUUGGAGUGGAAAUUGAAGGAGAAGGGACUUUCUCUCUUUGCUUUUGGGUCUACCUUAUGAACUCCACUACAUUACCUGCUACAAUCAUUCAACAGGUGCACUCAGCUAGCAUUGGCGGUACUCCUUUUCUCAUUCUAGAUGAAAAAAAGAGAAUGAUGCUUCUGCCGUUGCUUCUCUUACACAAAGAAGCUCCUGAUCCUGCAAAUUCCACUUCCUGGACCAAAGUUCCACAUGCAUCCAAGAAGAUUGAGUCUCCUUUUGAAAAAUGGAUUCAUGUUGGAUGUGAGGUUUCUACAGAUUUUGUUCAGCUUCAUAUUGAUGGAGAGAUUGUGGAAGAGAAGCGUUUGUGUUCCUCAUUUGACAAAGAUUUGACUUCAAGUAGUUUAAGGAAAAUAAAUUUGGCCCAUAAUGGUGUAGAUGGUGACAGUCUGCAGGGUUAUGUCCACAAUGUGGAAGUUUUGCCUCCAACUUUAUCUAUUAAGAAUCACCAUGAAAAGGAUGCACCUCUAAAAUUAUCUAUUGAUAAUUCAUCUGCCUCUGAAAUUGAAGUAGGCAGCGAUGGUGUUUGGAGUAUUAUUGGUGGCAAGGCAUCUUGUCGCCGGAACUUUUCUUUGGAUGUUGUUUUAUUAGAUGCCUUGGGUCAGACUGUAAAGAAGGAUAUUGAGGUUGUUGCUUCACUUUUGUAUGCUGACAAUUGGGCACUUGUGGAAAAGACUACUGAUGGAGAAGCUCCUCUUUUAGCUAGCUAUGAUGGAAUUGAAUAUGCUUCUUGUCAAAGACCAAGUAAACUGUUGCAGGGGCGUGCAUCCUUUAAGCUCAAGAUAUCUCAGCUUUCGUCAAAGUGUGAUAAUAGGCUUUUCCGUAUCAGAUUUCACAUGAUUAAAAGGGAAAGUUAUCCAUUCUUUGAGGUAUUCUCCCCUCCAAUUCGUUGUAUAUCACGGGGCCGUAAUACUCGGGUAUCCUCUUUGACAUGGAAAAGAUCAACUUCUGCCAUCCAUCCUCUUAAUUUAUCUCAAUCAUCUGGAAUGGAUGAGGGGUCGUUAGAAAUUCAGCACAACUCUGUACAUGAAGCAAAACCCUGUCCAUUAUCAAAGCGGGUUAGAUCAGGACAUGAUAAAAUAUCUGCAGCCUUUAAGAUUGGCCCUACCUUGGAGCGACCUGAUGAGGAAUGCAACUCUCAUGCUUGGACAGCUAAUCAGGUUGAGAAUGAGGUUGGGACAAGUUUGGAGGGAAGACAUGAAAAACUCGAAGAAGUAGAUGACUCGCCAUCUGAUUCAGAGAGUACUGGAGAAGGAGAUUCAUCUUUUAAGAGUAUGUCAAGUAGAAGAAGUCCAAUAUCAGACAUGACCAUUUUCAAAUACUCCCUCUCAGGCUUAAAUGAGAGGUCUUUUAUGCUCAAGGAGAUUGCUUUGUCUGCUUCUGACAAUGAACUUUCAGAAUUCGCGCAUCAGGUGUCUCUCUAUUCGGGAUGUUCACACCACCGGCACCAAAUAAGUAUUGCCAAGAGAUUGAUAGAGGAAGGAACAAAAGCUUGGAAUUCGAUUUCACAAAACAACCAUAAAAUUCGUUGGGAGGACGUGGUUUUUGAGAUUGAAGAGCACUUUAUGAAGGUUGCUUGUUGCAGUUCUAGAUCUCUAACACAACAGGACUUUGAGCUUCUGAGGAGAAUCGCUGGAUGUCGAGAGUAUCUUUCCCAAGAGAAGUUUGAGAAGAUGUGGUGUUGGUUAUUCCCUGUAGCUUUCACAUUAUCAAGAGACUGGAUUAAUGCAAUGUGGAGUUCUACGUCUCCUAAAUGGAUUGAGGGAUUCAUAACAAAAGAAGAAGCAGAAUUUUCACUUCAAGGUCCAAGGGGCGUCCAAGAGCCUGGCACGUUUAUACUCCGGUUUCCUACUUCUAGGAGCUGGCCUCACCCUGAUGCUGGCAGCUUAAUUGUGACUUAUGUUGGCAGUGAUUGCACUCUUCACCACAGGCUGCUGUCCCUUGAACCAAUUUAUUGUGAAAGAGAAACUAAUGUGAAACCACUGCAAGAUAUGCUACUGGCAGAACCUGAGCUCUCUCGAUUAGGAAGGAUAAUAAGAAGUCAUUAGUUUUGCUUGUGCAGCAAAAUAUCCUUCUGCUCAGUUUAGAGCAACCAUUCUUGUGCCUUCAUUACCAUUCUUAUGUAUCUUUUUUUUUUUUUUUUUCUUUCUUUUUGCUUUUUCUGUUAUUCUUUGGUGUCCAUUAUGCAUAUGCGUAGAUCAGUAUAUUGACAACGGCGGUGUCUAUAAUGUAAAAACCUUUAGUGAUUGUAACAGGGGAUCAUCCAUUCAUUUAUAUCUGCAAAAACAAAUAUAUAUAUCAAGUAUCAUUUUUUCCUA